GUCUCUGAGAGAGCAAGAGGGUUUCUUUCUCUUUUGCUUCUGGAGUCUCCGAGUCAGAAAGAGGAUUUGUUACUCAACUUAAGCCUCUUGAUCUGUUAUAGAGUAGAGUCGUUGUGAGCCGUUAAUUCACGAUUUCGUCUGUAUUCGUAUUGACUUGUUUGGGCGGAGGAAAUGAAAAACUCUUUCUCCAGCCUUCUUCCUUUAUUCAAUCAAUGGUCACCAACCUGAAUCUCUCGUCUCACCAAAGUCAGUAUGUUGUCUCUUCGAAGCGUAACUAGCUUCGUUGCUCUUCCAUCGCGAUCCAAACCAUCUCCGUCUUUGUCUUUGCGUCGUCCUCGAUCAGUUUGUUGCCGUCUCACCGAGCCUGCAGCAGCUUUUGAUGUAGUAGUAGUCUCUGGAGAAUCAGACGGAGCGAUUGCUAGUAGCUUCACUGAGCUUCAAAACGGUGGCUGUGGCUGGAAGGUGGAACCAGAGCAGCUUCCUCCCACGGGUGAAGGAGGAGUUGAAGAGGAUGAUGAUCCGGAGGAGGAAGAAGAGAAGAUUUCGAGUGUCCAUGUUCCUCGUGAGAAGUACAUCAACGUCUCCAAGUCUGAUCUCGUUAACUCCAUUGUAACGACCUUACUUGAUUCACAAGACGGAGGAGACGCUGAUAUCUUUCUCCUCCUUGCCUCGUGCCUGGACUCUAUCCUUCACGCGGAGCACAAGAGGGUUUUAGAGCAAAUGAGAACCGAUUUCGUUGCCACUCAAUCUCUUGAGAAGGUAAACAUUGGUGGUGACAGCGAAGAAGAAAGCUCUACUUCAGGUGGAGAGAUUUACUCGGACGAGGAAACUAACUCGGAAGCAAAGAAAUCUGAACCUGAGAGUGUUGUUAACGGAUACGAGGGUUUAUCAUUCCCUUUGGCUGAUGGUUUUGACAUUUGGAACUUUUUGAUUUCUACUGGCAAACAAGCUAAGAGACGUUCCGCUGAAAGUGUUAGUGCUGCGACCCGGUUCCAGCGUUCCUUUAUUCAGCUUCUGGACAAUGCCGGUUUUGAAGAACUUUCAGCUAGGGAUCUGGCUUUGACUUCGGCUCUCAAUACGGACUACCUUCUUACUUUGCCUGUUUACGUUGAUUGGAACAAGGCAUCAGAGUCCAAUGCUAUUGUUUUUAGGCGUGGAUAUGCAACUGAGAAGCAGAAGGGUUUGUUGCUUGUGGAGAAGCUAGACUAUAUCCAGUCUAUUGUUCUACGAGGAAUCUUCUCUACUAUUUCAAAACCCCUGAGAAAAGUUGGAAAAAUUAUAAACAAGGCAUUAAGUGAGGCUUCUCAAACUCAAGAAAUUCAACAUCUUUCAGAGAGAAUGAAAGUUUGGCUCAAGGAGCUGUCUCUUUUCAAGGAAUCAUAUCUAGACCUACCCCAAACCUCUGAUAAAUUCUUGGAAGGUGAGUCCCUCUCAGAUUCAGUACUACCGAUGCGGGUAGCAGCAAAAAGAGCAGUCAGUCGGUAUGAGGGGCUUCUCACACCUGUUGGUCCUCGAGAAAAGCUCUUCAGAAAGUUGCUCACCUGGAUUGGUCUCAUUUCUCCUGCUUAUGAAACACCAUUUCAGCUACCUAAUGAUACUAAUGCAUCUGAACCUUAUCUGAGGCCAAUAUCCUUGUCAAGGAUGACACUAGGUGAUAUAUGGAAACCAGCUUCAAAGAAAGCUUGCGGAAAUGAUAUGUGGAAAAGGAUUAAAACUUCUAUUUCCAUUCUUUUAUCACCUUCAACGCUUCAGGAGCCUGCCUUUGAGGAACUGAUAUUGCUUUACACGAUGGAUGCGGGUGAAAAAGGGGAUAAGAAUGAAGAUGAAACCAGAUCAUCAUUACAACUAGAGAUAUUUGAAAGAAUCCCAAUUCCUGAUUUACCUGUUAUUUUCCCUCACAGGAAGCUUUACUUUCGCAUCAUAGAUACAGUACGUCUUGAUAUCGCCAGUAUUUUGGGACUUACGGCAUACUUUGUGAACUACAAGUUUGAGAACAUCUCAUCAUCUCCAUCAGCAUUUUUUCUUGAUGUGAUCGCCGUAACUGCUCUGGUAAUCUACGCAACACGUGUGGUUUUGGGCUACAAGCAGACAUGGGACAGAUAUCAAUUGCUAGUAAACAAGACGCUUUACGAGAAAACCUUAGCCAGUGGCUUUGGCUCUGUUCACUUCCUUUUGGAUGCCUCAGAGCAGCAACAGUACAAGGAGUCAAUAUUGACAUAUGCAAUCAUCCUUCAAGCCGGAUGCGAGAAUAUGUCAUACCAAGGAGUUCAAGAUAGAUGCGAGAGAUUCUUGUAUGACAAUUUCAAAAUAAAGGUGGAGAUGCGAGUAGCAAAAGCUAUAAGCACGUUGGUGAGACUUGGUCUAGUAACAGAGACGCUAAUCGAUGGCAAGACCAAGCUACAAGCUGUUCCUUGUCCUCAGGCUUAUGUCUCUCUUAAAGAAAUUUGGAACGGUCUGCUUGGUUGAUCAUCCAAGCUGAAGGGGUUGAGAUUUAGUAAAGACAAAGACUCCUCCACCUCCAACGGAUCGACCCAAGAGCAUGUUAUUAUCGAGAUAAGAGAGGUAAUACAAUCCACCUACAGACCUCCUGCAAUAGAGAGGAACAUCUUAUUAG